AUGUCCUCAGACACCCAACGAGCAGAAGAGGCUCGCCAGAGAGGCAAUGAGCUUUACAAAGCGUGUAAGAUUCAUGAUGCCAUCGAAGCCUACAAAGUAGCUUCAGCACUCCUUCCCUCGGACCCGACACCCUUAUCUAAUUUGUCCGCUGCCACCUUUGAGGCAGGAGACUACGAGACCAGCAUACAGUAUUCUACUAAGGCUUUAGCUCUGCUGGAGCAAGAGGCCGAUGAUGAUCCUCGAAAGCAAAAAUUGCUUACUCGCCUCAGCAAAGCCAAGCGAUACCACUGCGAGCCCGACGAUCUUAUCGCCAAAGAAACGCUUCGAAAAACUCUUCUACGCUUACCGAGAUACAGGCCUCAUCUGACUGAAGAGAAAAGCUACUAUCCCUCUGGCCACGAUAUUCCGGAGCCUCAGUAUGGCCCCACACUCCGGAGAACGACAAAAGACGCACCGGUUGUAUCAUUUAUGUUCUGCGGGAUAGGCGAUGCUCGGAACAUGCUACAAACUAUAAUGAGUUAUAUGACCUCCGGCCCCACGUCUCAGGAAUCUGAUCAAAGGCUCCAUUUUACUAUUCUGGAUUUCAAACCCGCUAUACUAGCAAGAGACUUGAUUUUAUUCGCUCUAUUGGACGACAUAUCUCUGACCUUGGGUUUGUCUGAUCACGAAACAUUCAACUUGAGCCAAGCCAAAUGCAGAAACUUGCUCGAGACACUCAGUGUAGCAUCAUAUUUCUAUGCGACUCAAGUCAUGCCUGCUUAUGCUUGGGAUCGAAUUCAAGCGGUCAUCCAACGACUUCUCGAUUGCUUCGACAGAUCUCAGCAACCGAUAUCUUGGGUGUACGUUCCUGUCGCCGUCCAGAACACUGUCCGCCCUUGGCUUGAAUCAUGGAAAUCAGGGGCAGCUGCACGAACUCGAAUCAAAGAUGAGCUUGAUAAGCAUCGUUGGGGCGGACUUGGGCCAGACCCAACAUUUCCCCACCUCAAGUUUGACAAGCGUGUCUACAAAAAAUUCUCGAUUGUUUUACCCCUUGAACCCUUGCUAAUUGCACAUGAUGCCGAGCUAUUCACAAUUAUCCAAGACUACCGAAAGAAGGACAGCAGUGCCAAAGAGCGUCUAUCUUCGCAUGUCGACACCAAAUGGAAACCCAACGUCACCCUGGCGGACAUUCUGUGGGAGAAAGAAAAUACCAUGCCUGAGUGUCUGCCGCACCCAGACAUGAGUUUUUCGCCGUUCGAAAUCAUCGGCAACCUUAUGAAAGGCUGCAUGGGUCAACAAGGAACUUCAUCAGCAUUAGGAAACACACUCAUGACCGUUGCGCAUCAUUAUUUCAUGAUCGUCGGCAAAGCUAUUUCUAGCCUUCGCCACCGUAUGAUGGUGGAGGUCUGCUUUGGUGAGAUGGCCGAUUGCCUCGAAAAGAUGCAAUACCAAACGCUUGAGCGCACCACAGAGACCGAGUCCAAAGAUUGCUUGUUAUCGUCAAAAUGGCCGCAUAAAUAUCAUAUCAUUCACAUGAGCAAUAUCCCUGACUAUGUCGGUGGCCCUUUCACCUCUUUCCUUUAUGGCGCGCCGCUCCUCGAAUAUGGCCCAGGAACAGGACUCAACUCAUGUAACCUCCGGAACCCACCGCAAUUUGAAACUAUCUCUCACUUUCUCUCCGAGUACCUCCUCAUGUACGAUCAAAAGUUAAUCCGGUCACACUUCCAGUUGAAAAUUUCGUCCGAAACUCCCGAGGAGACAGCCGGUCCGAUGCCCUCGAUGCAGUACUUGAUCUGGGAACGUAUCACACAGCAGCCAUUGACCUUCAAGCAGCUUAUACCUCAGACAAAGCUUUUGCACUGGCUCCACGCCCAUUUCCUAAAAAUCUGCCUUCCUUACCCACGCACCAAAUCAGACCAUGACCCAACACUCAUCUAUUCCCCACUCAAUAUGACCGCGUUUCUUCGUCUGGUAAUGCGCUUGUCCGAAUUGGGAUACCCAACUCACUGGAUCUCGAAUCUGAUCGAGUCCAUCUUGUCGGGCAAGAUCGCGACAACUGCUCGCCCACCGCCGCGACGAGUUUUCCUUCCCAAAGAUGUUGACACAGUACACCCAACAGCCUUGUUUUGUACCAAACCGUGGGUUUUAGAGCUUGCAACCCUGACCGGACUAUGGCGCUCAAUUAUGCGUGUCGGACUCGUUGUGCCUUCCGAUGUUCCUCGCGUCGAGGAUAUCGUAGAGUACACUGUCAAAUUUCCAGGUUUGGAGGUAUGGGAUGCUCGAGUCCCGCAUUCGAUGCUAGUAUUCUACGAUGAAGAAACUUUUGGAAAGCCGCCUGGAUACUUGCGACCGAUACUAGUGGACGACGAAAGAGAUUUGGAUCCAAAGUCACGUGCUUUCAGAGAUAGGGGUGUACAUUGUGUGAGCACAUUUCAUUGGAGGGUAAGAGAUCGGGAGGCCACCUUUUGGAUGUCAAAAAAUGAUUUUGAAAGGUUAAAAGGCUGGUACAUUUAUGUCUGGCGAACUGAUUCGUGGGAGGAGGCGGGUAAAGGAAUGAAGUUGGGCACUGCGGUUACAAAUCAGCGGUGUUGGGGUGAGUGGGAGGAUCCACCAAAGUAUAUGUAG